AUGGCCGACCGAGUUGUUCGGCCCACCGAUCCUGACGGGCUGGUCCUCGAAGCCUGGGGCCAGGGUUUGAUGGUCGGGAGUCUACUAAUCAUGGCUGCCAUUACUGUCGCCAAUAUGAAGAAACACAUUCUUCUUCACAAAUUGAUCUUCGCUGAGUUGAUUCUUGCGAUGGCACAUGGCACGUUUAUGUUCGCUCAUGAGCCGGCAUAUGGUUGGUACCUCUCUGUCACCGCGAUCGGGCUAAAUGUUUCCUGGGCCUUGCACAACGUGAUUGCGUGGAUGAAGAAUCGGCCUUUUCUGUCGCGGAAUGUUUCGAUGUUCUAUAUCAUCACCGUCAUUCUCUGCUGGCCCUACUGGGUGCUCGAGAUCUAUGCAAACUUCACCUAUUUCAACAACAUCAACAAGAUCUUCCUCAAGACGCGACCGCUUGAACCGCUUUUCCGUGACCCCUGGUGGGUUUUCACAACCAUCUCGCUCUUUUGGACCAUCAAGCGCGAGUACAAUUUCAAACUUUGGGAGUUGAUUUUAGUCAGCCCUCGGUUCGGAGUUAUGCUUAUGGCGAUGUGUCUUUCGAUUGCAUUUAUAGUCGUGGAUACAUGCAGUGUCCUUAACGUCUUUAGGGAGUCAAAGCUGCCUACUGGCGUUGAGCCGUUUUGGGAAAAUAUGCUAACUGUAACAUCGUUUUUCCAGUUAUCUUUCAUUCUCAAAUGCCUCUGCGACACCGUCAUCCUCGACGAUUUCAAAACAGCCCUUGAUCGACUCCGGGCGCAUUGGCUGCGCAAGCAAGCGAAUGGCGAGCUACUAUUCACCAGUCCACGAACCUGUCGGUCGGCACGGCCUCGGGUUUCGGGGCAAAGCGACGAUGUCGAGGUGGGCCGAGAGCGAAAUGCCAAAUAUGCUUCUAUGCCGCGGGCCAUGCAUCGGGAGAGACUUACAUAG